AUGUCUCUCCCCAAAUCUACACCAGAACAGGUCCAGCCUGACUGGACAACCCGAAUCUCUGUACUGUUCGUCCUUGGCGGCCCUGGGUCAGGAAAAGGAACACAGUGCAAGAGUCUUCAGAAGCACGGUUUCGCGCACCUCAGCGUGGGCGACGUGCUACGUGACGAGAUCAAUAGACCAGACAGCAAGUAUGGUCCGAUCAUCGGAAGCAACAUGGAGGAAGGACGUGUUGGACCUAUGGAGAUCACUGUCGAGUUAUUGAAGCAGGCUUUUGAGGCUGCAUUUCGGAAAAGGGGGCAUACUAUCUUCCGUCUUGGUGGAUUCCCCCGUAAAAUGGACCAAGCACUCCUCUUCGAGACUGAGAUCUGUUCUCCACGGCAUAUUCUCUAUCUCCAAUGCCCUGAGAAUGUCAUGAUUGAGAGGCUUCAGCGUAGAUCCGAGACUUCAGGGGGGUCCGAUGAUAAGCUCGACACUAUGAGAAAACGGUUAGAUACGUUCAACGAGGUCAGUUUGUCUGUUAUACGGCAUUAUAUGGCACAGGGGAAGAUCUCGGAGGUGGAUGCUACCAAGAAUAAGGAAGAAGUGUACCGAGAUUUGGAAGUGAUAUUGGAGCGAGUUGGUCUUGCGAAGAAGGAUGUUCUGGAUGAUGAGCCCCGGUGA